AGCUCUCGACUUUAUCUUUCCCGGACUCCGACAACUUCCGUUCCUACCGGCACUUUUCGCGUCAUGAACCUGUUUCGGACGCGUAUUCCAUGUACCCCCAUUACGAGAACAGCUCGGACAAGUAUUUUAACAACAUCCGGCGGCGCUCUGAAUCAUCGACGGUCAGCAAGUAGCAAAGCUGCGCUGUAUCCUGGCCACAUUCCUUUGAAUUGGUUUGAAAAUGGGGUCAUGGCGGUUGGUUCCGCUUUCAUGGCUCUAGCUGAUCCUCGCAGAGGGGACAUGGUCGCUGCCCUGGGCGAAACUACUGCAGGCCCUUCACUGCCUCGCCUCAGAGAUAUCAUGCUUGCUAGCCCUGAAGGCCGUCAAAUUCUAAAGGACCGCCCCAGAAUCAACUCGACCACUGUCAAUAUGGACCAGCUCGCUCAAAUGCCAGAAGGUACAUUCGGACGAGCAUAUACCACUUGGUUGGAGCGAUGUGGCGUGACUCCGGAUACUCGGGAGCCCGUGCAUUAUAUCGACGAUCCAGAGCUCGCUUACGUGAUGCAGCGCUAUCGCGAAUGUCACGACUUCUACCACUGCAUCGUCAAUCUUCCGGUCAGCGUCGACGCCGAAAUCGCAGUGAAGUAUUUCGAAUUUGUCAACCUUGGUCUCCCACUUGCCGCUCUGUCUGCAUUAUUCGGUCCUUUGCGCCUCAACUCCACGCAACUACAACGUCUAGUGAGCGAGCACAUCCCUUGGGCAUUGCGUUGUGGGGGUACGGCGCAAAGCCUGAUCACGGUCUACUGGGAGAAGCGCUGGGAACAAAACAUUGACGAGAUGAAGAAGGAGUUGGGCUUGUGGGACGCUCCCCCCGUGAAAUGGAGGAAGCCGCUCAAGGAAGCCAAGGCCGCUGCUGAAAAACGUCAGCAACAGAAAACCCAUGUGGGGCCGGUAACAUAA